AUGGCUCCACGAGAUGUACCCGUGCUGCUGUGUCGCAGCCGCACACUGCGGCGCUUCGUGCUGGCCUACCUGUCGCUGGGCGUGUGUGACGUCACCAUGUGGCUGACGUUUCCCAUGAGGGGCGCGGGCCUGCCGCUGGACGUGGUGCUGCCCUUUGAUACGGCGCACCCCGUUGGUUGGGCGGCUGGCUGGCUAUACUGCGCCUUUGUCACGGUUCACGCCAUUGUGAUGAACAUGAUGGUUGACGCCUUCAACGUUAGCCUCAUGGCACAGCUCAGCAUGCAACUCGUCAUUCUAGGAAGAAAGAUUGAUGACUUGGCCAACGACGGCGAAAGCAUGGCAUCAUCACCGCCACAGACGGCAUCCAAGGGAGAUGAACAACCACGGACGUUUUGUUCUCGCAUAUAUAAUCACUGCUCGUCGAAGAAGAUCAACAAUCACAAUCAGAGAAUGAAUUCCCUAGCACUGGAUGUAGAAACCAAGGAAAUUCGGCAGUCUGAAGAACUUUCCAGCAGUGGUGAUAUUCACUAUCGAUUGAAAAAGAUUAUCCUGCACCAUCAAACUAUUAUCAGGAACGUCCAGUUCCUGCAGCAGUGCCUGGGAGAUAUGUUACUGGGACAGAGCCUCGGACUUGGUAUCGCCAUCUGCAUUCUGCUGUUACAGGUCGGUCUGAGCGCGCAGAAUGUGCGAGAGACGGGAAAAUUUGGCGCCUACUUGUGCGCUAUGUUCACCGAGCUGUCUGUCUACUGCUGGUUUGGAGACCAACUCAUGUCAGAAAGCGAGAAUGUGGCGUUCUCUGCGUACGACGCGGUGACGUCAAUGCAGGAAUGGCCCACGCCCAUCAAACGGUCGCUGCUUCUGGUUAUGCUCAGAGCCCAAAGGCCACUGUGUAUCACUGCUGCCGGGCUCUUCCCUUUCUCCAGGGAGUCGUUCGUGUCGGUGGUCUUGCAGGCCACAUAUAAUAUUACUUUGGCUUAA